AAGAAUGGUCUUAACUACCUGAUCCACGGGGCACAGGCACAGAUUUCCAGCUGCCAAAAUGGAGUGGUCCAGGCCCUAACCAGGCUAGCGGUCAGUCUAGGAACUGCUGCUCAGUGGUGCCAUCUGAAGAGCCAGGACUUCCUCGCUAACUGGACCGUUGGACCAUUCCUGCUUAUAUCCUACGGUGAUCUAAGGGUGGUGAAUGACCAUGCAAUGGCCACACUGAAACUCCUGCCAGUGUUGCGAUCACUACUCUCCACUACUCAAGGGCCUGUCAGUCCAAGGCGCCAGCAACCUCAGAUUGCGGUCGCUAACUUCAACUCACAUAUGGAGUCCCUCCACCAUAGACUCAACGCUGAACUUAGCAGACUGCAGGGAUUAUCCAGUCACUGCAGUAGACAGUUCUGUCGAGACUGCUUGAAGAUCAGCGAUGAGUUCUGGCCUAAGGCUAUGCCAAUGGGAAAGGUCUGGCGGAAGAAGACUACUGAUGAAUUACCGAGUGUCCACAAUUCCUACGCGGCCACCAUCGUAGACAACCUCCUUGUGCCAAUUGCUGAAGGCGUGACCAAACUCAAGACAACAGCUCAGAUCACCAUAAUGUCCAUCGCAGUCCAGACCAUGCUAGAAAGCUGGAUGACCUUCAUCUUGAAAGAGAAACCAAAGUUCAGUGUGCAUGGGGCACAUCAGUUAGAACAAGACUUCUGCUACGUCCGACAGUGGUUGUCGUCUGAGGCCAGUAAGCUGGAUCCGGAAAGUAAACAGAGCGUCCUGUCCCUCGAUGCAAUACGCAACUUUGAGGGCGCCAUCAUCCUUCUAAAGCAGCAGCCACUGAGACGCACUGCAAUGGCCAGUGCUUCCUCAAGAGAAGAGAUUAACUCAGAGUACAGUACAAGCACGGCACAGAGCACAGGAUCACGGCGUGGUAGCUUUGGCAGUAUGUCAGACUCUCCUCUCACCGUACAGAACCUUGCACCCCCAUCCCACCCCAACACUCUCCCCCUGGGCGGGGACAACAACGACACCUUGGCGGGCUCCGACCGGGGCUACGUCACCGAUUCCGUGGAUGGCAUCGAUGAUGAGACCUACAACGUCCCCCAUCGGAAGGAAUGGCUGAGUCUACGCGUGCACACGGGUAACAGGUGGAAGAGUCCAUUUAGCUGUUUGAACUCGCCGGCGGGGAUGGAAAGCUGAAGGUGACUCGACGGAGGGGCUUUCUAAUUCAUGCUGAAAUUGCUUAAUAGUUGUGAAGUGGAUCACCAUAUUAUCACCAGGGCAUUGUUACAUAGAGCUUAACAAUUAAUCACUUGGCUGAUUUCUACAAUUGAUUGCUUUGAUUAUUAUGAAAGAUCAAUCAUAGAAAUCAGUCGCAUGAUCAGUUGCUAAGUUUUGUGUUACCAAGCCUUGGAUACCCCUGUGUGUAUAAUAUGAAUACAUCACUAUUCCUUCAGUUACGUUUUGGGGAAGCCCCUCAUCUAUCUAUCCCAACUGAAAUAUUUCCAACCCUUUUUAGCUUUGCUUUAUGCAUAUCCCUUAUUUAUUUUCCAAAGCUACUAUCCAGUUCCAAGUUGGAUGUGAAGUAUGGGUGCAUGUCACAAAGGGCUUUGUCAGUGACUUUUUUACUAACACUGUUAUAAGCUACUAAAAUCCCUUGAUCUGAUUGGCUCAAAGCAGAUUUGUUAUUGAAAAUCACCGACAAAAUGCUCAUUGGAACACACUCGUCAAGUAUCCAAGUAGUAAUAUUGUACAUGGUUGUAUCAUUGCUUAAUGUGAGCAGGUCUCACAUGUGAUGUGAUCAUUCCAAGUGAAAUAGUUGAUAGGAAAUAGUUUUCAAGAAAAUAGGUAUAAAUUGUACAAUUUCUAUGAUACUGCAAGAUAUGACUGCACCAAUUUUGGCCCACUUGUUGGUUUUAGCCAUUAUUGAGGCUGAAAUAAUUUAUUUUGUUGUGUAUUUCAUGUUGAAAUAGACCAGUGUAAUUGAUCAAGUCUGCAGUUGAUGUCAUACUUAUGUAAUUGUUUUCAAUUGUUUUUUCACUAUCCGUUUAUGUUUCAUUCAUUUGAUUUCAUUUAUGCUAUACAAAUCACUAAAUUGGUGAGAGCAAAAUAUUCCUGUUUUGAGGAAUUGCACCUAUUUUUUGUGGUUCAACUAGAUACACUGAACUAUUGGUAUGUUUUCAGAGUUACUUUGCUAAUUAUGCAGCACAAUAUUUUAUUUCUACUUAGUUUGCCUUGAGAAAGUCCUUCUUGUAUUUUCAGCAGGAACAAUUUGAUAUAUACAUGUAUGUGGUGUCUAUGUGAUCAAAUUAAAUCUAUUGAAGUGCAUUUUAAUCAUAGAUAAAAAAUGAAUUU